AUGUUACCAACGAGCCCCACAUCACUCGACUUCCUCGAGCUCAAUCAUCAGCCUAACAGAAAGACUGACAAGAUGCCGGCAGCAUACAAAGCCGCUGAGAAAGCGGUGAUUUAUAAAUUUGUCGAAAUCACACAGGCCGACCAGAAAACUGCAGCAAAAAUACUAAAAUCUCAUGGCUGGAAUGUUGAUAGUGCUCUGAACGCGUACGAUCUUUCUUCCCUCAUUAAUACAUUGAGAUUUGCCUAUCUUUCAAGCUCGACAGCUCCCCAAAAUAGCGUGUUGAGGUCAAACUUAAACACACAGUUUGAUGCGCUACGAGAUGAGCCGAGAGAAUACCCCGACACAAUCAAGAUUGAUGGCUCUAUGGCGUAUUUUCAACAACUAGCCGUCGACCUCGCCGGUAUAGAGAUGCUUGUUGUAUCAGAACUUCUGAACUGCCCCACCAUUGGAGAAAUUACUCGCGAGGGCUUCAUUGACGGAUGGAGCAAAGUAGGCGCGGACACCGUUUCUAAACAAAAGACUCGCAUCACGAAAAUCAUGAAGUCACUUCCAUCAGAUCAUACCACCUUUACUCUAGUUUAUAAGCACACAUUUCCGCUGGGCAGAGCUGACGGAAAGAAAGCUCUCCAGCUCGAAAACGCCACCGAGUUCUGGAGAAUACUCUUUUCAUCGCCAAGUUCCCCUGUACGAUGGUCAACCCCUACAACGCCAUGGCUUGACUGGUGGAUCGCAUAUUUGGAAGCCGAACAUAAAAAGGAUGUCAACAAAGAUCUAUGGGAUCAGACACUCAAGUUUGCAGAGGAGUGCCUCAAAGAUGAGAAGCUCGAUUGGUGGGAUAGUGAAAACUCGGCAUGGCCGGGGGUAAUUGAUGGCUUUGUGGAACGGGUUUACGAAAAGAGACCGAAAGACGCAACCGCAGAUCAAGAAGGAGAUGAGAUGGAUUAUGACUGA